UGUCACUGUUGUUUCCAUCCCCGAGGCCGAACCAAGGGCACGCCAUCCUUGCCUGUCGCUGUGCUGUCUCCGUUGCCGUAAGAACGCACCUCCUCGCUGUCUCGCCGAUCCAUCUUGGCACCUUCUCAAACGCAAGUUCAGAAAUCUCCACGCCUCACCACCCUCCGCCUACUACAGCCCGCCGCCUCUCUUCGACCAUACUUUUUGCACUUCCGCCGCCUUUCCCUUCGCCCACGCCGCUGCUGAGACAUGCGCACGCCGGUUAAUGCUCGCCGUAACGUUUGAGACACCCCCCUCCGCAUCGUCGACCAGCCGCAGUAUUCCCCAGCCCCCGGCACCUUCGUUUCCGCACACCCACUGUGUCCAGCGCCAGCACGCUCACCCUCCGCAUCGAUUGAUUGCCGACCGAAUGCGUCCUUGACCGGCGCUGGAAGCCCACAUAACACCUCCCUUGGCGCAAGCCCGCCGCCAUGUCGUUCCUCUUCGGAAAGAAGAAUAAGCAGCAAAACAAUGCGCUCCCCGCGGCCACCAGGGACAUCUCGUCGUCGCAUGGGCCGGGCUCGCAGAUACCCACAGCAAAUGGAGCAGGUGCACCACAGCCCGAGAAGCUUCGCGCUGGACCGCCGACCCAGACCCCGACGCCCGGCGCGAGCGUGAACAACUCGUUCAGCUCUUUGCGGGAGCCCACCAACGCCGCGAGUCCGGAACCGAAGGCAUUGCGCGACAGGGCAGAUUCGGAUUUCCAGAAUGCGAGGACCGCCCGCGGUCCCCAAGACUCUCCGUAUCCGUGGUCCUCUCGACGGCUGAACUUUACCACUACUGCAACUCCCUUUCCUCGAUACGGCGCCGCCAUCAACGCGACGGCUUCGAAAGAUGGCAUCAUAUACAUCAUGGGAGGUUUGGUGGGAGGCGCGACAGUCAAAGGCGACCUCUGGGUGACUGAGAUGGGCAACGGAAGCCUGGCUUGCUAUCCUAUAUCGACCACGGGAGAUGGCCCCGGGCCUAGGGUCGGCCAUGCAAGCCUUCUUGUUGGCAAUGCCUUCAUCGUUUUUGGCGGCGACACGAAGCUUGACGACAACGAUGAUUUGGAUGAUACUCUAUAUCUGUUGAAUACCUCAACGAAACAUUGGUCGAGAGCGCUGCCGCAGGGACCAAGGCCGACGGGUCGCUAUGGGCAUACGCUAAACAUCCUGGGGUCCAAAAUCUACAUUUUCGGUGGUCAAGUGGAGGGCUUCUUCUUCAACGAUUUGGUUGCCUUCGACCUCAACUCCUUACAGUCCUCGGCGAGCCGAUGGGAGGUGUUGCUGCCCAAUACCAAAGAUGGGGCGCUGUCCUCCCCCCAAGGUCGAUCACCGCCAGCGCGGACGAACCAUUCUAUCGUCACUUGGAAUGACAAGCUCUACUUGUUUGGCGGUACUGACGGCGUCGCUUGGUUCAACGACGUAUGGACUUACGACCCGCGCUCGAACUCCUGGAGUGAGCUCGACUGCAUUGGCUACAUACCGGUUGCGCGCGAAGGCCAUUCUGCAACCCUCGUGAACGAUACCAUGUACAUCUUCGGUGGCCGUACGCAGGAGGGUGUUGAUCUUGGGGACCUUGCUGCAUUCCGCAUAUCGUCCCGCCGAUGGUACAUGUUCCAGAACAUGGGUCACUCUCCUUCCCCACGCUCCGGACACAGCAUGACUGCUUUUGGGAAACACGUCAUCGUCAUGGCCGGUGAGCCAAGCUCGUCCGUUGCCGACAGGACCGAACUAAGCCUUGCAUACGUCCUGGACACCUCGAAAAUCAGAUACCCGCCGAAUGAGACCCCUCCCCCUCAGCAAGCAUUAAACGCCCCGAGGAAGUUGAGUGGAGGGGACAGGAGUAACAUUCCCCAAGGCAAAGCCGGAUCGCCCACUGCACGUGAGAGUGUGAUGCCAGGCCCACAGCAGCCCAAAUCGCAAGAUGCGCUCGCUAACGGAGCCGGUGCCGCAGGAUCAAGAUUGCCGCGCGCAGCUGGUCAAGCCCCCUCAGGGCCUCCGCCGCUUCAACAACCUCCGCAACCCAGACCAAACGGGCCGAGUGGCAAUGUGCGGAGUAAAACACCCACGAAGGGUGAGCGAGGAUUUGGCCCGCCCGUGGACACUAGGGCCGCUUCUCUAGACCGGGAGAAUCUGUCGCCGAGCACAAGGGAAAGCCCUUCCGCCACCGAAUUACACGCCCAAUCCAUGAAUGAGAAAGCAUUGAUUGGUUCUCGAAAAGCAUCAGACGCGGCCAGUCAGCCGAAAGAAUCCAUGGAUACCUCUCGAUCUGGAAGCGUAGUCUCUCGGAACACCUCAAAAUCGCAUCGACAGCAACAUUCUCUCGAGAGUGUGGAACAAGGAACACCAAGGCGCUCAAUCGAAACUCACCAGCGUGGCUUGAGCCAUGAGGCUGAGCAGCGAGCCAUUGACAGCGGUGUUGGCGCGUCACCCGCGCUGAGCCAGCAGAACGACGAGUUGGUUCGGGAGCUGGAGACUAUGAAGAGCCGGAAUGUAUGGUAUGCGUCCGAACUGGCUCUUGCUCGUAAGGCGGGAUACAAUCCUGGAUCAGCAACAAGCCCUGUUCUUGACGAGCGCGCGGCAGACGCAUUCGGUGAUGAGGAUCGGCCAUUGCUUGAAGCAUUGCUGAAGAUGAAGAACGAGCUGGAACGAGUGCAGAAAUCGAUCAAAACACAGGGCCAGGACGCAGCUAGAAGAAUCGCCGAAGUAGAGAGGCAGAGAGAUGCUGCUGUCAGCGAAGCGAUUUACGCCAAAGCAAAAUUAGCCGCUCAUGGUGGCGGUAGCCAGGGAGGCACCCCUCAACCCGAUGGGGCUCGAAGCACCGCUACACCCGACAUGGAACGCAUUGCCGAUAUCAAUCGCCGGCUUGCCGCCUCCCUAUCCGCUCAAAGUGAACUCUCAGCCAAGGUCGACAAGCUAGCCAGCCAGGUGGAAGCCGAGCGUAGAGCGAAACAAUUGGCCGAUGACACCGCGGAAGCCGCCCAACGACGUGUCCAAGAGCUCGAUUCGUCCCGGCAGAAGAAUGUUGCAGACCUUGAGAGUCUGCGCGCUGCGCUACACGAGGCUGAACGAGUAGCGAGAGAAGCAUCCGCCAGCGCGGCUGAGGCACAGACUUCAUCGAAACUUCUAGCAGUUGACAAGAGCGAGUUGAGCGCCAAGUUUAUGAAAGCUUCUGAGGAGUCGAAGAAUCAUGCUGCAGUCCUUCAAUCGCUUCGAGAUGCUCUCACGGCAUCCUCUGAUAAGUCUACCAUGUUAGAGAAGAAAUUAGAGGAGGAGCGAUAUCAAAGGGAGAACCUCCGACAGAAGCUAUCUCAGCUACGCGCAGAAUUCGAAGAGCAAACCACCGAGCUGGAGGCAGCGUCGCAAAAGCUUCGAGACGCGGAAGAACUUGCGGAGAAGUAUGCGGAAGAGGCACGCCUUCACCGCCAGGCCGUCCUCUCCGGUCUGGGCAAAUUGGCCGACCGGGGUGAGGAGGACCAUGAAGCCUCGGACGAGCGCGUUGCCAUUAUGCAACAACAGGUUGAAGCAGCCAACAUCAUGGUACGCAAGAACCAGACCGCUGCUGACCAUGCGUCCGAAAAGCUUCGACGUGCAGAGGAAAGAAUUGCCGGCCUUGAGGCCUACCAGGAACAGUCCAGCCGAGAAGGCCUUACGAUACGCAAGCAGCUGCAGCAGGCAAUGCGAGAUAUGCAAGCAUCGGAAGCCGAGAAGGCGGAAAUGCACCAGCAAUACGAACGAUUACGACUGGAGAGCAAUGCAUUCGAGGUUCAACUCAAGACGCUCAAGAAUCUCCUUGAAGAGCGAGGCAUCAACCCGGUUGAUGCACGUCGGUCAAGAGUAUUGGACAGCCCGAGCUCAAGAUUCGGUACUCCCGAGCUUAACCGUGUCCGUGAAUUGGAGCAGCAGAUCGACUCGAUGAAUAAAGCACACGAAGAAUUACGGACUGUUUUCGAACAGCGCGAGCACGACGUUAGUAAAGAAUGGGAAGAGAAGCUGCAAGCACUGCACAACGACCACCAAGCUGCCGUAAAGUACCUCAGAGGUACGGAGAAGAUGCUCACGAAGAUGAAACAAGAGCUCGAUCGCUACAAGAAUGAGAAGGCCAAGCUAGAGGAAGAGCUUGCGCAAGCCAGAGAGACUUCGCGUGGUCCCACAAGAGAGCAAUCUGCUGAAUGGGAAGCUGAGCGGGCGUCUCUCCGGAAGGACUUGUCGACUGUACAGGACAACAUGGAGACGACGGUUGCCCGACUGGAGAACCAGCUCUCCACUCUCCAAUCCGAGCUGGCUUCCGCUCGUCAGGAAGCCGAAGCCGCUGCAAAGAACGCCAGAGACGCCGAAUCCUCUGCUGAACAGUCACGAACCGAUCUGGAGACCCUUCGCCGCCAACACGCGAUUGUUGAGGAGCGCGCUCGCGAAGCUGAGAGUCGGGUGCAAAUGUUCUUGGACCAGUUCGAGACGUCUGUCGAUAACUACCGUCGCCAAUCUCAGGUCCCCGCUGGCAGUGUCAAUGGAGCGCAGGGGCACCACCGUGCGCACGAUAGCAUCGCUUCGGGAGAUUCCUUAUACAGUGACAAUGAUGGCUCGAGCACGCCGGAUGCGAUAAACGUGCCAAACUCGGCCGCAACGCGUAAUUCCAUGGCACUCGAUAAUCUUGCCUCAGAGCUUGAUGCUCUGCGAAGUCACUGGGAGACUACCAACAAGGCUUACCGUCUGAGUGACCGCUUCGACUUCGAGCGAACGCCCACGAGCGAAAAGAGCGAAUUGAGCGAAUCUCUGUCCCAGUGGAGGAAGCGUAUGGACAUGGAGGAGGACGAUGAUGAUAAGGAGCACAAGGCGCCACAGCCCCAGGCCCCUCCCACAGCCAUAGCACCGUCAGGACCGGGCGGCACCAGCAUGAUCUGAGCUACGAUUACUCGUUUUUUCCCGACUUUACACACGAAGGAUGUUAAUUACCUUCCUGCGCUUCGGGUACCCUAUUUCUGCAGGAGCGGCCGGCGUCUAUUGUUUUGUUGGAUGAUCUCCCCGGCGCUGGAUGGCCGUCUCGGACCUGGGUUCUCUUUUUUCGACUUUCGGCCACCUAUAUGACUAUUGCGAAGGGCCUUUCUCGUACUAUACCACCAUUUCAUUCUAUUUGCUUGGCUUUGUUCGGCUCUCUAAUUCUGUCUCUCCUUAAUCACCAUUUGCACGCUUUUCGUUGUCCUUUCCAGCGUGUUGAGCUAUGUGAGAUACUUGGGGCCAUUGUUAUGUGGUUGGGCGUUUAUGUGUGGAAGUCCGAUCUGGCUAAGCUGCUGCAGAGUAUCUCAGCUACGGAAUGUUUUGUGUCUAAUGGCGGGCUUGCAGAGUCUACAGGCUUAUGGAAUACCACUCAUGUUCGUUG